CAUCAUCACCGUGCCAUCUGUCUACUACAUUUUACUUCCUACUAUUCUUUUGAUCUACCUCAAAUAAAUACAAUAAAAUUUACAAACCUUCAUAUCUCCAAACAAACAUCAAGCUUUAAAUCAACAUAACCACCAAGAUGCACCCCCUCCUCACAACCCUCAAAUCAACCCUCACCCGGCCCCAAUCCUGGCUAUCAACCAGAACCACCCCAUCCCCAAUAACAAUAACACUAACCACCCUAACAACCAUCCUCCUGCCCCUCCUCUACAGCAAUUACAGAACCUACCUCUCCUACGGCCCCGGCGGCGCCCCAUAUAACCUCCUCGGCUGGUUCGGGGUGACGUUCCUCCUAUACCCAUUCGGGCGCAACAUGACCAGCACCACCGUCUACGAGAAGAAGAUCGCGAACGGCGAGACCCAAUCAUACCUUUCCGAAGACACAGUAGACAUGCUGAACGCACUGAAGAAGGAGAAAAGGCCCGCUGUGGGACCGCAUUAUGUGCCGCAGCGCCAGAUUGGGGAGUUUGCAGGGGAGGAGGUGAAGAAGCACCUCGACGAGCAAUUCUACGCCCUAGCAGAGCAGAACUCGCAGUUGGUGAAAAUCGCCGACUCGAGACUGGAGAUGCAUGCGGGUGCGAUAUUCCUUGCGACGGAGGAGCUUGCUAAUAGGAAUGAGACAACGAGGCAGUUAAAUGGCGAGUGUGUGCAUGUGCAUCGCUUGAAGGAUUAUUCCUUGCAUAUGGUUUUGGCGCCUGCGGAUUGCAAAAAAGUCUUCGAUGCUGGUUGGGGUCAGCGACAUGGUUUCAGUGGUGUGAAGAUUCCCAGGGCCUUGAUGGGCGGUAAAUUGAUUGAAUUGCCAUCUGAGUAUGUGUUGGUCUAUGCGCCGAGGACGAAGGAGGAGGUUGCACUGGUGCUGGGUCUCACGAAGGCGAGUCUAAGGUAUUUGACUGGCGAGGAGGUGCAGUGAAGAAAGAAUAUUCCGCAGGAAGGAAGUACUCGGCAAGAUCGGGUGUUGUUACGUGUAGCAUGACCCAUUGUAUAAUACGCUAGUCAAAAUUUUGUACGCUAAAGAAAGGAAGAAAGCACCCCUCUCUCACUCAUGUGAACUCAUAUAUUUUUUCUUGCAUAAUUGGGUGGUGGUGAUCAGGGCACCAUGGACUACUAGUUCCGAAACGGACAAAGUGAGAUGCAUAGUCCACAUGACCCUCAGGGCCUUGCAGAGAAUAUAUGAUAUUGAACUAGGCUGGAGUACUUACAUG